AUGGCUGAAGCUUUUCUUACUGUUCUGCUUGAGAAUCUGAGCUCUCUCCUCCAAAACCAAAUUGGAAUCCUUUUAGGUAUCGACAAAGAGAUGCAAAGAAUCUGUAGCAUGCUUUCAACCAUUGUUGCUGUGAUUGAAGAUGCUGAAGAAAGACAAUUAUCAGAUCGUUCUAUCAAGAAUUGGUUGCAAAAGCUUAUUGAUGUUUCUUCUGAGUUGGAAGAUAUUUUGGAUGACUGUUGUGAAAUGGAGGCUUUUCGAUUAGAGUUAGAGUAUCAGCAGCAGCAGCAGCAGCAGUCAUGGAUUCGAAAGGUACGAUCUUCUUUAUCUUGUAUCAAUCCUAUGAAUCUUUACUUUCGUAAAAAGAUUGCUAACAAGAUGAAAGAGAUUGGGGAUAGAUUAGAUCAAAUUGGGAAUGAGCGAAUUAAUUUUCACUUGCGAGGUGUGGUUGUGGUUGGGGAGAGACGAAGCCAGAUUAGAGGAAAUCGUCUUACUAGUUCUGUUAUUACUCAACCAUGUGUGUAUGGAAGAGAAGAGGAGAAAGAGAGAAUUGUUGGGUUUUUGGUUAAUGAUGCCAUCCAUUGUAAUCAUACUUGUAUUUACAGUAUUGUUGGUUUAGGAGGUAUGGGGAAAACAACUCUAGCACAAUUGGUCUUCAAUGAUGAGAGGGUUGGUAACCAUUUUGAGCUUAAGAUGUGGGUUUGUGUCUCUGAAGAUUUUGAUGUGCUUAGAUUGAUUAAAGCAAUUAUAGAAUCUGGAACUGGAAAAGCUUGUGAAGCAUUGGAUAUGGAUCCUUUGCAGAAACGACUUCGCGAUAUGCUUCGAAGAAAGAGGUUCUUGCUUGUUUUGGAUGAUGUUUGGAAUGAAGAUCAUGAUCAAUGGGACAAGUUGAGAUACUUAUUGGAUUGUGGAUUAGAUGGUGCUUCAGUUGUUGUCACUACUCGUUCGAAAAAGGUUGCAUCUAUUAUGGGAACGGUUCCAAUGCUGAUCUUGACGGGUUUAUCAGACAAUGAUUGUUGGUUGUUAUUCAAGGAACGUGCAUUUGGGAAUCAAUCAGAAGAGCGGCCUAACCUUGUGAAAAUCGGAGAAGAGAUAGUGAAGAAGUGUAAGGGAGUUCCAUUAGCAGCAAAAGCGUUAGGAGGCUUGAUGCGCUUCAAAAUUGAAGAAGAUGAGUGGCUUUCUGUUAUGCGUAGUGAGCUUUGGAAUUUACCAGAAGACAAAACUUCCAUCUUGCCUGCUUUGAAAUUAAGCUACCUUCAUCUUCCAAUAGAGCAUAGGCGAUGUUUCUCUUAUUGUGCUAUAUUUCCCAAGGAUCAUAAAAUAGAAAAAACUCAACUAAUUCAUCUUUGGAUGGCGAAUGGGUUGAUUUCUUCAAAGCAAGAAUUUGAGGUGGAAGAUGUUGGAAAUGAGAUGAUCAGUGAAUUAUAUUGGAGAUCAUUUUUUCAGGACAUGGAAAAAGAUUUUUUCGGAAAUAUCUUAAAUUUCAAGAUGCAUGAUUUAUUUCAUGAUUUAGCUCAAUUCAUAAUGGAUGAUAAAUGUCGUGUUGUGGAGGUUAAUAAUAAUAAUAAUGGUGAGAUUAUCAGCUUGUCAAAAAGUGUUUGUCACUUGACUUGUACUCUUAGUCAAUUUAAGAAGAUUAUAAUACCAAGUGGUCAAUCUUUGAGGACAUUCAUGCUAUUAACAAAUUGUUCAACUGAUCCUAAUAAGAAUUGGAAGUUUCACUCAUUAAGAGCACUUGAUGCCAAAUUGUUAAUCACUCCAUUAUCAUCCCUAUCAUCAUUGGUGAGUAACUUGAAACAUUUACGCUACUUGAAUCUUUCACAUUGUACUGUUGAAGUCUUACCUGAUUCGAUUUGUUUGCUGCACCACUUGUUGAUUUUGGACAUACGCUAUUGUCAUUAUCUUUAUAAGCUGCCGAAACACAUGAUUCGCUUGAAAGGUCUUCGCCAUCUUUACAUUCAAGGUUGUUCAAGAUUAUCACAUCUACCUCCAAAUAUUAGGCAACUAACUUGCUUGAAGACUUUGAGUAAUUUCAUUGUGGAUAGGAGAAGAGGCUGUCAAUUGGAUGAACUGAACCACUUAAACUUAGGAGGUUAUCUACAUAUCAGCAACCUAGAUAAGGUGAGAAGGCCAAAAGAAGCUAGAUUUGCCAAUCUCUCAGGGAAAAGAAAUCUCAAAAGGCUUCACUUGUCUUGGAAUACAAAUGAAAAUGAAUCUGAAGACAAUGCAAAAGAUGUACUUGAAGCUCUUGCUCCUUCGACGGGCUUGACUGAGUUGAACAUUCAAGGUUACAAAGGUGCGUAUUAUCCAUAUUGGUUUAUGAAUGAAAUCCUUGGAAAUGUAGUUAGUAUCACUUUAUCUAACUGCAAUAACUGUAGAGAACUUCCACCUUUUGGGAAACUAACAUCUCUUCGAGAUCUCUCUAUAUCUAGAAUGAACUUGGUUGAGUACAUAGACAAUGAACUCUCUCAUGGAGAUUGCUUUCGAUGCUUAAAAAGUCUUGAAAUUACAAAUCUACCAAAUUUGGAAAGAUUAUCAAGGCAUGAUGUUGGUAACCAAAAGUUUCUAAGCUUGUCUACAUUGUGUGUGAGUAAAUGCCCGAAAUUGACCCUACCUAAUCUGGGAUCAGUUAAAUCUUUGCGAGUGUAUGAUGGGACACACCAGCUAUUAGAAUCCAUCUCUAAUCUCCAUGGUCUUACUGAUCUUGACAUCUAUGAUAAUGAUAACAUGAGUUUCCUUCCCCAAAAUAUGCUACAUGAUCUAACUUGUCUACAAAGGCUUACAAUUGAUAGGCUCAGAAAGAUUCAAGAGUUGCCAGCUGAUUUCCUCAUUGGCCUCAAUGCGCUAAACUUUUUGUGCAUCAAAUUUUGUCAUGAACUCAAGUGCUUACCAGAGGGAAUGUUUCAAGAUUGUACCUUGCUUAAACAUAUCAUAAUUUAUAGUUGUAAAAAGAUGGAAUCUUUAUCAGAAAGUUUUCAAUAUCUCAAUGCACUUGAAUCUAUAGAGAUUGUUGAUUGUCCAGAGCUAGAUGGCUUUUCAAAUGGUGUUGAUCACCUCACUUCUCUCCGAACUAUGAUAAUAUCAGGGGAAAAUAUCAUUGAAACAGACCAAAAUGGUAGGUGUUGGCACAAACAUUGUUCUGAUAAGCCGGUGGUUAUGCCUGAGGCCUUGCAACACCUCUUCUCGCUUGAAGUUUUGAGAAUAUCAUAUUUCAAGGAGAUUGCAUCGUUGCCUGAUUGGCUUGGAAAUCUUAAAUCUCUUCAGGAUUUACGUAUUGUAGGUUGCGAAAAUUUGUCAUCUCUACCAACAAGCAUCCAAAUGCUCACCAACUUGAAGAAACUGUCCAUUGAAAUGUGCCCAAACUUGGAGAAACGAUGUGAAAAGGAAGUAGGUGAGGAUUGGCACAAGAUUGCUCAUAUUUCAGAUGUGUAUGUUAGCUCAACACUCAUGAGAUCUUUUUCCUUUUAA